AUGGCUGCUCGGCCAAGGUCGGAAGAGCUUCAGAAAAUGGUCUACCUAAAUCUUGGUCCGAUCACGUCUGACCACAUUGAAACCGCAGCGGACCGGUUCGCCGCAAAUCCCGUUAAGGUCGCCAGGCCCAAAAAGGCAACGAGCUGUCCCUGCUCACGUCCAAAUCUAGACAGGACCUUCUCCACCAAAAACAACAGAGAUACAUUUGCCGGAAAACCUCACAGCUAG